AGCGUGGACGUCUUUGUUAAAAGUGGUUCAACAAAGUUGAGAACAAACAAACUUCCCUCAGACUUUGUGGAGCGGGAGAAUGAUCCUGCGGGGGGACCAGCCGCCGCUCCAGUGAGAACAUGGAGUCCAGUACAGGUGGCAGUACAGGUGUAGGAGGAGGAAGGUGGAGGUUCCGUCACGUCGUCCCAGUCGUGCUGCUGUGGAUGACCCUGCACAGGCACGUUGCUGUGGCUCUGAGGAACCAGAAGGUCAAAAUAUCCGGUGGCAACGGCCAUGUCACCAAGGUCGCCAACUCAGUUUCCAUACCAGCGCUCACCCAGCUGACCCUGUGCUUCGAGUUGGAACGCAAUGGCCAGAAACAGAAAGAGUGGAUCUUCACCUACUUUGACACAAAUAGCAAUGAGAGGCUGGGUUUGGGCUGCAAUCGGGCUGGCCUCAUGACGAUGAUCGUUGAUGGAUUGAUCUGUCCGAUCAACGAUAUCAUCUCCACCUCUGACAUCACUUCUACCAUGAAACGUUUCUGUGUGCUGUGGACAUCGUCAAAUGGCCACGUGGGGGUUUUUUUCAAUGGAAACUACAGGUUCGAGUCCUGCUCCUCCUCCAUUGGGCGCACUGUCCCGGGGGGUGGACAGUUCCGGUUAGGAGGGCAGAGCAACUUUGACGGGAACAUCUACAACCUGCGGCUGUGGGAUUAUGCCAUGACAGAGCAGGAGCUCAAAGCGUUGAACUGCAACAAUGAGGGGAACAUCAUCGACUGGGACAACAGACACUGGACCAUCCCCUCCACUCUGGCCCAGACCGACACCUCACUCAGCUGCAGUGUCUCCCCACCCAGCAACACACCACUCACUACCAGCUGUGACCCCCCUGGACUGGGCUGCCCAGAGAAGUUGUUCUACCGGAUUUCUUUUGUGGUGAAUGCCACGGGCACGACGCCAGCCCAGAGUGAUGUAAAGCGAGCUGUGGACCUCUGGAUGAAUCAGACACUUCAGAACUGGACGCACGCAGUCUUCGCUCACAACAUCAGUCUCCAGCUCGAAUUAUACAUCGAAAAUCACCUGACAAGUUAUUCAGGUCUGGCCCUGCUGGUUUAUAAUUACAUCGCCAGUGAGAGUCUGAGUGAAGCUGCUGUGUCUGCCAGGCUGCACAGCAAAGCAGGACCGAUGGGUGUUGGACUGCAAAUUGCCAUCAUGACUGUCAAAUUAGUUGAAAACUGUCCAAAGGAGGAUCUUCUUUCCUACCAGUGGCCUGAGACCAGACCCACCGUCACCCAGUACCUGCCCUGCUUCCCCUACAAGGAGAAGAGCGUGUCAAGGACCUGUCUGAUCAGUCCACAGAACUACUCAUCCUACUGGUCACGUCCAGACAACGAAAGCUGCCUGAGCAUCGACAACAUCGAGGUAACAGCAGAAAAUGCAGCUGCGGUGGCGGGACAGCUCGCCAGCAUCAGCGACAGCAAGCUCAGCGAUGUCCUGGUGUCCCAAGUGGUGACGAAGGUGCAGGAGCUGGUGAACGUGGCCAAGAUCAACAGCUCGUUAGCCAAAGUUGUCGUCACCAUCAUCUCCAACGUCAUGAACAGCUCGGAGACGGCGCUGGCAACCUCAUCAGAGAAAGCUCUGAAGACGGUGGAUGAGCUGGUUCACAAGAUUGAGUUUGAUGGUCCAUCCAUCAAAAUCACCUCCAAAAACCUGGCUUUGGGGAUACUGGCCAACAAUGCCACCAUGUUCAACGGGGCGUCCUUCAGCGCCUUCAUUCCAAACAACGACACUCCACAGAUUGAUUUUGAAUCAGAGACACUUCACCCAUUAGCUCAGGUCACCCUCCCGUCCUCUCUGCUGUCCAAUGUCUCUCUGAGCGAGACUGACAGAUCGUCUCUGUCCAGGAUCAACUUCAUGUUCUUCAGCAGCACCAACCUCUUCCAGAAACAGCAGAACAAUCUAAGUUUGAACAGCUACGUAGUGGCCAGCAGUGUGGGGAACUUCUCCAUCAGUGACCUGGCAGAUCCAGUGAAGAUUGAGAUUGCUCACCUCACUGCACAGCCCUCCAAGACUCCAUUCUGCAUGUUCUGGGACUUCAGCAUGAAAAAUGGGUCUGGAGACUGGAACGGAAAAGGCUGCAGAGUGUCCAAUGAAUCCACCAGCAACAAAACCAUCUGUCUGUGCAACCACCUGACACACUUUGGCAUCCUCAUGGACAUAUCUGGAGUUUCGCAUCACAUAGAUUCAAAGAACAACAGGAUUCUGACCUUCAUCACUUACAUCGGCUGCGGCAUCUCCGCCAUCUUCUCUGCUGCCACGCUGCUCACCUACAUCGCCUUUGAAAAACUUCGACGUGACUACCCGUCUAAGAUCCUGAUGAACCUCAGCGCGUCCUUACUCUUCCUGAACAUGGUCUUCCUACUGGACGGCUGGCUGGCCAGUCUGAAAACCGAUUGGCUGUGCAUGUCCGUGGCCAUCUUCCUGCACUACUUCCUGCUGACCUCCUUCACCUGGAUGGGGUUGGAGUCCAUCCACAUGUACAUCGCCCUGGUCAAGGUCUUCAACACCUAUAUACGCCGAUACAUCCUCAAGUUCUGCAUCGUCGGAUGGGGUCUCCCUGCGGUGUUGUUGGGGAUUGUUGUUGCAGUGGAUAAAAACUCUUAUGGGUCAAUAGAGUACGGCAGAGGAGGGUCAGGAGAGGGAUCCUCAGUGCUCUGUUGGAUCAAGAAUAAGGCCGUCUUCUACAGCACCUGCGUCGGUUACUUCUGUCUGGUGUUUCUGCUCAACGUGGCCAUGUUCAUCGUGGUGAUGAUGCAGAUCUGCGGCCGCAACGGCAAACGCAGCAACCGCACACUGCGAGAGGAGGUUCUGCGGAACCUGCGGAGCGUCAUCAGCCUCACCUUCCUGCUGGGUAUGACGUGGGGCUUCGCUCUGUUCGCCUCGGGACCCGUCGCCCUGGCCUUCAUGUACCUCUUUACCAUCUUCAACUCACUGCAAGGUCUCUUCAUAUUCAUCUUCCACUGCGCCUUGAAAGAAAAUGUCCAGAAGCAGUGGAGGAGAUACCUCUGCUGCGGCCGAUUCAGGCUGUCAGACAACUCAGACUGGAGUAAGACGGCCACCAACAACACCAAGAAGGUGAGCUCAGACAACCUGGGCAAGUCUUUGUCCUCCAGCUCCUUUGGCUCCAGCACCGCAAACUGGACCUCCAAGGCUAAAGCUACACUCAACCCCUUCACCAAACGACACAGUAACACAGAUAAAUGUUACUCCAACCAGGCCAGCCCAAAGUGCAUCUCCUCAUCCUCAUCCUCCUCAGAAGUGGAGCCCAACUCCUCUUCUUCCUCGUCCUCCAUCCUUCCUGUCAGCCAGAUGAUUGAUAAGGUGAAAGAUUACUGCUCCACACGCUCCGACAACUUCUACAAAAACAUCAUCAUGUCCGACAGCUUCGCCCACAGCACCAGGUUCUAGAAGUGUCCUCAGUGUUUCGGGGCGGACUUUCUGGAACUUUUACUCCCUAUGUUUUGGAACUGUUCUAAUUGUUCUAGAAAAGUCACAUCAUCUUUCUGACAGCUUCAGUGAUAAAGGAUGCUUCUAUCAAAGGUUCCAAUGUAAAGGGCAAUAAUGUCUUACCAUGAUGGACCUUCCCACAAUAUUAUUUAAGGCUUCACUUUUGCUCUGAAACCACCACCCAAUGCUCUAGAACCUUUUUGUGUUCCGGAACAACUCUUAAGAACUCUCCAGAAGCCUCAACCACAGAGGAGCAUUCUACACUAACUCUCUCUGAGAGUCUCAUCCAUUGAGAACCUUCUUUGUUCUGGACCCUCUCCAAGCAUUCUAGAGCUCUUUGCCAGCCUCAGCCAGAAAGGGUUUCACCAUGACAGUCGCCCCUCCAACAAUCUAGAACCCUCCAGUCUGAAAGACCCUGACCAGUGUUCUAGAACCAUUUUGGCCCUGUCACUGCCAUGGAACAUGUUCUAGAACAUUUGUUUCUUGAAUCUCUGCAUGCUUCCUGCCAUCCUCUCUCGCCCCCGUUCUGCUUUUAAUUUUGAAUUUAAUUAUGUUUCAUUGUUGGAAGACACAGCUGUUGUUAGAAGCCCCAAUUUUGAUUCAAAAUUUAUUUGGAUUGAUUAGCGAAAAUUUAAAAUUGGUUUCUAUAUCUAGUCAUCAAAAUUCAUGAGGCGCUGGUUUGGUUGGGUGACAAAGUGCUUAUUGGUUAGCAAUGUUUUCCUCAGUACCAAUGCAGCAUUUACAGUAUGUAGUAUAAAUGCAUGAACAGUAGCUACAUGAAUCAACCCAGAGCCACCAUUUUAAUGCACUGUAUUAGCACUGUAUUAGCUUUCAUGAAAAUGCCUGCUAGUUAAGAAAAAAAUUUCAAGAGACAGCCUGAGAACCAGGUCAAGAUAAUCACAGACUGAGUCAUACAUUAUGCUUUGAAAUCCCAGGGUCUCCUGGAUGAUAAAGGGUGUUUAAGGGCUUCAGGGUGGUCAGAGAACCUUGCUGCGAUUCAACUGUAUAAUAUCAAAUUACAGAAUCGGCUGACCUGGCUGCCAGACUGUGUAACUAAGAGGAAAUGAAAAGGAGCAGCGGGUAGGAAAGGAUAAACACAAGGUGGGAAGGCAGAGAAGAGAAAAAAAAAGUUCUGGUAGAAAAAAAAGUAGGCUGUUAUG